ACGAGAUUUAUCAAGUAAGAUUACUUACGCAAGGCAAAGAAUUUCACAUCAAUGGUUUUCCAGGAGGGAUGUCACUUCCUCGGUGAAUAUCUUUUGAGUAAACGCCUUAAUCGAUAUUGUGAUUUUUAAUUAAAAAAGAUGGAAAAUGGAUACAUCACCGCUGGAUUUGCUUGGAGGCCGGGAUCUCAAAUAGAUGUGAAACGCGUAGAGCUUCUGAUCUGCAGAGCGGAGGACAUAUAUCAGGACCACUUUGAUAACGACGAUGUUACCGUGGAAAACUUAAAAUAUUCAACUUAUAACCUGGAGCAGUGGAAUUCAGAGGGCGGGAGCUUUUGUGUCUGUCCAGCUCUUAAACCUGGCGUGUAUCAUUUCGUUUUUCGCAUAGACAAUGGGGAACAGAGAGAAUUGACAAUUUCUGAUUAUUACGACAGAACUUUUCUUGGUAAUGGUCGUGCUGUUAAUUACAUCGAAGUUUUGGCUAAUAAUAAGAAAAAUUUAACACGUGGUAAGUAUGGAUUAAAUACAUCAUAUACCAGCAAGGGCCUUGUUCUAGCUUUAAAGUUUAUAGUAUGAAGUAUGUGCACGGUCUGUUGAUCAACCUUGGGUAUCACUAGGUGUCAAAUAUUCAGCUGUAUCAAUUUACUUCCUCAGUCACUGGAGACCGGACAGCCCUUGAGCAGUAUACUAUAAUUAAUUGUUUACAAAUAUUACUCUUAGAAGUGUCUUGCAAAUCAUCUUCUGGUUGGAUGGGUCAGCUUCAACCGAGACAAGUCGCCCACAUUGAGUCGAAUCAAUUCAAAUCAACAACAUUUUGAACCCUUACGGAAUAUAUGUUUUGGUUCAAUUUUGUCCUUGGUUCAAAUUUUAUUUUCUUUUGUUUUCGGGUAUUGUAAUGUAUGAUAAUGAACCACAACAUAUAUUCCAAGGGUGAUAGGUCAAGUUGCCCAAGAGUCAUCUUGCCUGAAACUUGAGUCAGGUUGCCUGAAAUUUUAGUCAUGUCACCUGAAAAAAAGAGUCAAGUCACCCAAAGACACAAAUACUAAAAACAUCAGAAUUUCAGAGUAUGUUUGAGUAACGAUUCUAUUGGUAUGUACUCAUUUCUUACUCACCGACAUUUUGUAGGCUCGAGAAACUCUUUCUUGGUUCUUAACAAAUAUGUUUGAGCAAUGAUUCUAAAAGCAUUGUUCAUCUCUAACAAGAAAGGGAAGCAUAUUGUUCAUGUCUAACAACAAAACAAAGCAUUGACCCUUUACCAACUUUUCAAACAGGACAAUCAACAUUUGUUUACCAGGUUUUUUCAUCUGUUAUUGCUAAGAAAGUCACAAAUAGACACAACAGAACUUUACUUUUAUGUUACACUGCAUCCAUACAUUUAUUGUUGUAGAAAUGAACAACACUUCCCUUCAUAGUAUUGUUAGAAACCAAGAUAAAGUUUCUCAAGCUUACGAAAUGUCUGUGAGUAAGAAAGAUUAUAUACCAAAUGAACAACGCUUCAUUUUGUUGUUAGAAAUGAACAAAGUUUCCCUUUGUUGAAGGGAAUGAACAACGCUCUUAGAAUCUUCCUGGUGUUGUCGGAAACAGAGAGUGCUUUAGUGAUAAAAAUUUCUCAACUUUAUUGCCUAUUCACAGUCUGAAAUUCUAAUGUUUUUAGUACUUGUUUCUUCGGGGGACUUGACUCUUUUUUUUAGGCGAUAUAACUAAAAUUUCGGGCAACAUGACUUGGGUUUCGGGCGACAUGACUUCAGGUGAGAGGACUCUUAGGUGACUUGUCUGUAAACCAUUCCAAGUAUCCUGCAAAUCUACGUAUUUGAUGACUCUGCCUCAACUAGGAUAAGCCGUUCAAUUCAAAGCAAAUUGUCAACACUUUCAAACCAGUCUUGUAGCAGGUAGAGAAUUAUUUUUUAGGUGUCUUGAAAAUCGACCUCUUGUAUGAAAUUUCCACCUUAAGAAGGAUACUUUAUUCAGAUUUCCAGUAUUAGGAGAGGACUUCACCACAAAUUGACUAGCUGUAGGUCAAUUCAUAAACUGCCCUAGGAAAAGAAUUUUCCCAUGCCAAGUAUGUUUAUAGUAAGGUCCAUUUCUUAUUGUGAAUAGCAAUAUUACCUGUGUUGAAUAAGUUUUCUUAAGAAGGUGCAUUUUGGAAGCGCACCAACCAAGUGUAAGGCUUGGAACCAAAAAUGCAGGGUCUGGGAGUUGUAAGACAGACCCAAAUAAUAUUUCCCUCAGAAACAUUUAUAUUUUUAUUCCAUCCUAUUUACCUUUAUGACAACCUAAUGUUUAUAUUGUUGAAAUGUUAAAUUCUUAGAAAUUGUAGUACUGAAUUGAAUAAAAAUCUUUUGUUUUCUAUUGUAUGAAGAUGGGCAAAUACUCUUAAGUAGUGUUCAGUUCACUCAAUCACAAGUUUGUUCAAAUUUGCACAUCCUUUCAAUAAUUUUUCUAGCAAAGUCUGCUUGUUGUUAAAUGCUUCCCACAAGUUUGAUAGAUGUGUUUAGUAUUGCUUAGCUGGGUUACUAGAACCAGGUUAUGGUGAUUUUGAACAGUGAGUAGUUUUUAUCUAACCCUAUGACUAGUAGGAGGGUUUGAUCUAUUAAGCUUUCCCAAAGGUGAUUUAAGUGAGUGAUAAACAAUGAGUGGUAAGAUAUUUGCAACUGAGUUAAAACUUUGAUAAUUUCCAGUAGUAGCAGACUUAUGGUUUUGAUGUAUCAUUUUGACAGCACAUGGGAACUCAGUCAAUGUGAAUUCAGUCAGUGAUGAGAAACACCAGUCCACUAAGAUGAGUAACAGCAAAGACUCACACUGCGAGCAAGACCAAAGCAACAGAUCAUGUGUUUUGUUUUGACAAACAUUUAUAGAUCAUGAAAAACAAUUAAUUUAUACAGUACUAACAGGAUGGGUGGUCAACUCUAUUAUCCUAUCAAGCAACACUGCAAGUAGUAGUACUUUUACCUCUUUUACAAAAUAGGUGACAGGUAAGUGCAAAAAUGAUAUUUUUAAAACCGUUUAAUUAUAUUUUCUGUGUCAGAAAAAAAUGGAAUUACAUAGUAGUAACUUGUCAAGAUGAACACAAUGAAUUACAUGAAAAAAAAGCUUUUGUAGCUCAAUCAACAAACAUUUUUACCUGUCCAACCAAUGGUUGUUUGAAUCAUAUAUAAAUAUGUAAGUAAUAAAGUAACUCCAUGUUACGAAUUGAUGUCAAUACAACUUGGCAGGAUUGUCAUACUUUGUUAGUAAUCAAUUCUGCAAUGGUCAAUUUACUUAACCUUUUUAACCUGUAUUGCAAUAUGCACUGCAUUUUGGUAAAGAAAACAUUAAAUUAUAGUGUUGCAAUCAAUGUGUUGGCAGUUUUCUAUUAUUCGUAUUACUGUAAUUCCAGUGUAAUUUAAUAUUAUUUGUUAGUACUGUGAGCCAAAUCCUUUUGUCUUUUAUAACAAUUAUUAAAGGAAUAAAUGGUUUGAGGCUUAUUUUCCAUCAUACCACAUGACUUUUUCUAUUCAAAUUUUACACUCUCUCUUGGUGUCAAGUUCCUUUCAAAAAGUUUUUAAGGUGAGCAAUAAAAUUUUUCUGCAAAUGACAGUUAAAAAAGUUUAUUUUUAAGCCUCAACUUCAUGCACUAGAGCCAGUUUUCCUGCCUUCUAUCCAAAUAUAUUGAUUAUGGGCUGUUAACAAAAGAUUCAACAGUCAUUUAUUUGCUACACAACUCCAGAAUAUUUUAGGAAUACGUUUUUAUUUUUUCUUAACAUUUUAGUACCCCUGUACUUAUUUUGUAAAAUAAAAAUACAUGUUAAGUAAAAAUACAUGUUACAAUGUUACAGUAAUUACUAUUUUUUGUUAGGUGUAAGGUUCCUGAAUCCAAUUUCUUGAAAUUCAAGGUAACUUAGCAGGCCUGAAGCCAUAUAUUAGAAUCAAAUUUAAAGAAUCAAGGAGCAGGUUCUGGCAUCCAAAUCAAUCCAUUUUGUUACUUAAGCUGAAAGUUUUAUGUUAUAUUUCCAAACAAUUUUAAACCCCUGUCUUGAAUGAAAACAGAACAGCUUUACAGGCCUUUAAGUUUCCAGGACCUUCAAGAAAUGGGCCUUGGC